UUAUUGUGGAAGUAUCUUUGUUCCUGGAAUUAACUGUCAAACCCGGCUAAAUGCAAAUAAAAGGCGAAGAAAACAAAAGAGAAAACAGAUAGUUGAUAUUAAAGAUAAAUAUCCAAAGAGCGUGAAACGAGAUAAUGAGAUAAUUCAAGACGAUGGUUCGGGCACUUGUAAGUUACGAAAAGCCACCCAAGAAAAAAGAAAGAUUAUCCAUGUUCAAUCCGAUAAAACCCAUUCACGACAAAGAGCAGAUUUUAAACAAAAACGUCAACAAUAUAAAAAUCAUUUAUCUUAUAUUUGUAAUAUGUGCAACAGAGAAACUAGAUUCACCGGGAGCAUUAUGAGAGAUGUUUCGCGCCCUGAUCAAACUGAAACCAAUAAAAAAAUUUCACUCUGGCCAAAACCGCAUGAAAUGUCAACCUUAUCCAAAAAGUUGAUAACUCCGAGUAACCCUUCGAGUGGAAGUAAAUCUAAAAAGAAAAAGCCAAAAUCACAGCUUCAACAAUUUUUAGCUGAAGAAAAGGAGAGAAAUAAUGAGAAAAAAGAUCCGUCAGAAUUGCUAAAUUUAGAAGAUUUUUUAUCAUCUUUAUGA